CCACCACCAUCACCAUCAGCCACGGGGCCCCGUGACCAGCCUCAAGGAGGAGCCACUGUCCAGCAGUCAGCUGGCGGCCGCCAGGUCGUGGAUGCAACCGGCAGUCGUCGACCAAAACAGUGUGGGCAUCGGGCGGGCGCACUUCGAGAAGCAACCGCCAAGUAACCUGAGGAAGUCCAACUUCUUCCACUUCGUAAUCGCACUGUACGACAGGGCCGGCCAGCCGGUCGAGAUCGAGCGCACCGCCUUCAUCGGCUUCAUCGAGAAAGACCAGGAGACGGAAGGACAGAAGACGAACAAUGGCAUCCAGUACCGUCUGCAGCUACUUUACGCAAAUGGUGUGCGACAGGAGCAGGACAUUUACGUCAGGCUGAUCGACUCUGUCACAAAGCAGGCAAUCAUGUACGAGGGACAAGACAAGAACCCGGAGAUGUGCAGAGUUCUGCUGACGCACGAAGUCAUGUGCAGUCGAUGUUGUGACAAGAAAAGCUGUGGCAACAGGAAUGAGACGCCGUCGGACCCCGUCAUCAUCGACAGGUUCUUCCUGAAGUUUUUCCUCAAGUGCAAUCAGAAUUGUCUCAAGAACGCGGGAAACCCUCGGGACAUGAGAAGAUUUCAGGUUGUCAUAUCAACGCAAGUAGGAGUGGACGGACCACUUCUCGCCAUUUCGGAUAACAUGUUUGUCCACAAUAAUUCCAAACAUGGCCGCCGAGCGAAGCGUCUAGAUCCGGCCGAAGGCUUGUACCCUCCCCUUCCCGUAGCGACACCGUGCAUCAAGGCAAUCAGUCCGAGCGAGGGGUGGACAUCAGGAGGAUCCACGGUCAUCAUCAUCGGGGACAACUUCUUCGACGGUCUCCAAGUUGUCUUCGGCACCAUGUUAGUCUGGAGUGAGCUCAUCACAUCACACGCGAUACGAGUUCAAACCCCGCCGAGGCACAUCCCCGGCGUAGUAGAAGUGACGCUUUCUUACAAGUCCAAGCAAUUUUGUAAGGGAGCGCCAGGACGCUUCGUCUACGUAUCGUUGAAUGAGCCUACAAUAGACUACGGGUUCCAGCGCCUCCAGAAACUGAUUCCUCGGCACCCCGGAGACCCGGAGAAGCUUCCAAAGGAAAUCAUCCUGAAGCGAGCGGCGGACCUAGCGGAAGCCUUGUACAGUAUGCCACGUAAUAAUCAGCUGGCACUAUCAGCCCCACGCUCCCCUACAAUGACCAACAACGGGAUGUCUUCUGGCUUCAAUACGUACACGGGUCAGCUGGCAGUCAGCGUGCAGGAGAACGGAAACGGUCAGUGGACUGAAGAGGAGUACGGACGGGCACAGAGUAGUAGCGUCUCUCCGCGAGGUGGCUACGGCUCCAGCGCCUCGACGCCUCACUCUUCUAAUGGCGGCGGUUCGUAUGUGACGGGGGCGUCCAAUGGCGUCACGAUGAACGGUAGCUACAGUACUUCGACGCCGACGGCGGGAACUGGCAACGGAUCUGCAGCUCCGGGCGUUGGGGUCUCGCAACUUACUAACAUGGGCGUCCCAGGUUCCCCCGCCACGUCGGGGAUAUUCAAUUCUUCAUCAAGAGUUGGAAGCCUUGUGUCAUCCCCCUUUGCAACGAUGAACCCUUUCGCCCUGCCGACGUGUAAUUCUCAAACGUACGGAACGAGUCCUUUACUUACUUCCGGCAAGUAACACGAGGAGGCGCUGUAUUCGUAGACGUAAAUACAAUAUCUAACAAUGGGGGAGUGCAAUGUGAGUGUAAGAAGAAAUUCUCAUCAGAUACAUAACCACCAGCAUCAUCAUCAUGAGCUCCUGAAUCAAUUCGAAACCAACGUAAGGAAUUACAACGUAAUCAUCAUCUGUAAAAAUUAACUGGUAUUAAGACAGGGAAAGGUGAGGUUGUCUUAAAUACGCAUCGAUCUUCGUGUGUGUCUGUGCGUGCGUUCGAACGAGCUACAUAAUGAAUAAAUAUACUUUCAGUCGAUUACAAAUGCCUGGAACAAAUGUCCCCAUCUUCACAACUGAAUCUAACCCUUUAAAGCCCAGCGGUAAUUAUGUGUACCACAAGCUUCAAAAGUCAGUAACUGUGUAUUUUUUACUUAUAAAUCUUGUAUAAUUCCCUGUGAAAACACCCGAUUAUAUCCUUAAACACCGUUAAUCUUCGUAAUAGUGAAGUGUGGAGUUUUCUUUGCGGUACGGACUGGUUUCUUGAAAUAUUAUUUAGACAUGGUUCGGUUUCAAAGGGUUAAUUCGCUGCAAUUUCAGAAUAUCAUGCAUAUCCCAGACAGAUGAACAAAAUGCGAUGCAUUCCAUUGAUUUUUUUAUACUGAAAGGUCACUAAACUUAAAAACUUCGUGAUACCAACUGUAAACUCUUCGGCGAACCUGGGCUCCACUAAUUAUACCUUAAUGUCAAAAGAAUCGUUUGUUUUGUGGCCUAUAAUACAUCGAUACAUAUCGCUGCCUUGUGGGAGAAACAAACACGUAAUGUUGAACACGAAGGCAAAACUUCCUUAUACAUAUAUAACAAGAUAGUUUUGUACAAUUUGUGAAUAACUUAAAGCGAUCAAGAUGCUAAGUGGUGAAGAAUUCAGUGUACAGACAGUGAAUGAAAACAUUCCACGGAGCGAACUGUGAAGAUAUCACUUUUUUUAUAAUCUCGAUAUCAGACCCAUAUAAAUAUAAGAAUAUUCUCUAAUUUUCCGUCUUGUACCAUAAUUUCCAGGAAAAAAUGUAAAAACGAUUACUCCACCUUACUGUACAUACAUAACCAAUAGAUAUACGUUUAUUUAGAUUGUACCUACUUCUCGUGGAAUUGAAGUGAUCGUUUGUGUCUUUUUGAGAACGUAAACAUAUAAAUAUAAAUAUAUAGACAUAAAAAUGCAACUACUUUGUCCGAAUGCUCCAUGGACCUCGGAAGGGAGCGACACAAUACAGUAACAUGUAUACGAUAUUAAGAUAUUCUUCUAAUAUUCCGAUUUUACAACAUCCAGAUAUACCAAGUAUUAGACCAGCGCCUGUCUCAAUCAACGGGCUUCAAAUCCUUUUGUACACAACAGAUUAUAAGACGUUUUAAGCUGUUUUUCAUCACUUGGGCAAACAUCGAAUAUACAGCAAUGAUUUUUUCUAUUCUGUUGUAAUAAAACGUAUAGCAUUCUUUGUCUUCGAAUAAAAAUCUUAAAAUUCUAUUUUCGAAAUAACGUUCCAAGAUUCGUUCUGUUUCACCCGAAGAAGCUGUUGUUGGCUUCUCUAGAAGAAAAAAACAAUGUUUUAUUCCGAUUAUUAACUGCAUAAAUGCGAUAAAUUACCAUUUAUGACACUUAGAGCUUGGUUCUUAUUCCUACAAGGCUGGUUUUUCUCAUCUCGUCUGUUCUUCAUUUAUGUAGAAAUUCUGACAUUCAAUUGUUAUAUUAUUAACGCUGUCGAACUCUUAUGUAAUUUACUGCUCGCUAUUGCGGGAAUUAUCAUUCUGUUUGUUAAGCUAAGUGUUUUCUUAAAAGUUUAUUAAAAUAUCGAUGUACAUUAUUAAA